GGCGGUCUUGAUAAAUUAACCGGAGAUAAUGAAGGUGAUGGGGGUGAGAAAACAGAAUCAGGCGAAGAUCCAGAGGUAGUUGCUGCACGACUUGAACAAGAGGAACGAAGAAAAGAAAAACACAGAAAAAUGGAAAGAGAGCGAGAAAAAAUGCGGCAAGAUAUCAGAAAUAAGUAUAACAUAUCUAAAAAGGAAGAUGGUGUUCCUGUUGCCGUAAUUGAUGGACGUAUUGGAUCAUCGAGAAAGAAAACACCGGAAGAGUUAGCGCAAGAAAUGAAUUUAGGCUUAACAGAACAAGUUGAAAAAGCUAAAACGGUUGUCUCGGGCGCUUUUGAAACUGUCAAAGGAUUUCUUCCAUUUGGAAAAUAA